AUGACCUUGGAAUCAACAGACUCCGCUUCAACGUAUUCAGAUGUUGUGAAUAUCCACAAGGAGAAUGCUCCACACGCUGUAAAAAAUCAAAAUAUACGAUCAAUGGGUACUUCCAAUAGAAGUCGAGCGGGAUCAAAAAGCAGUUCAUUUGUGUCGGAUUCCUAUAUUGAACCGGUACAGAACAACAAUUACUAUGUCAUAGAUAAAUCGAAUCCAGAGACGUUUUUAAACUCAGACGAUUUGGAAAAAGUUACUGAGUCCAAAGUUUACGUGCAGAAGCGUCUAUUUAGGUGGUUCCAUUCAAGAAAGGUUCCACCUAUCCCGGAAACUCUGGAGGAAAGAAAAGUGUACCCAAUGAAUUACAGUAAUAUCAUUUCCAAAAUAUUCUUCCUAUGGGUUCUUCCUAUCAUAUCUGUCGGUUACAAGAGAACGUUACAGCCUAAUGAUCUUUGGAAAAUGGAUGAGAAGAUGAGCAUUGAGAAGUUGUAUGCAGAUUUUGAUGCUUAUCUAAACGAAUACGUUGAAAAAUCAAGACAAACUUACAGGGAUGAAAAUCCAAAUGCAUCAGAGCAAGAGGUUAUUAAAUCAGCAACGUUACCAAAAACUGCUCUUUUAAGAGCUCUUUUCAAAACAUUCAGAGUGCAAUACACAAUAGCAUUCCUUUUCGUUUGUAUCGCUAACGCAGCAAGUGCUUUGACUCCAUUAGUCACUAAAAAGUUAAUCGCAUUCGUGGAAACGAAGAGUCUUUUCCCUGAAACUAAAGUUAACAAUGGUAUCGGUUAUGCUAUCGGUUCCGUUUUAUUGCUUAUGAUCAACGGUAUUACCUUUAACCACUUUUUCCAUUUUUCUCAACUUACUGGUGUUGAGGCUAAGGCCGUCCUUACUAAGGCAAUUCUUACCAAGUCGAUGAAGCUAUCGCCAUAUAGUAGACACAAGUUCCCCAAUGGGAAAAUUACAUCUUUAAUGAGUACCGAUGUGUCUAGGUUAGAAUUUGCGUUGACUUUCCAUCCUUUCUUGUAUGCGUUCCCGAUUGUUUUCGUCAUUUGUUUGGUAUUGCUUUUGGUCAAUUUGGGUCCUAUUGCAUUGGUCGGGUUUGCUAUUUUCUUUGUCAUUAUUGGUAUCAGUUCUACUGGGUUCAAAUACUUCCUUAAAUUCAGAAUUGCAGCAUCGGUUAUCACUGAUCGUAGAGUUGGUAUGAUGAGAGAAAUCUUGAACUCUAUCAAAAUGAUUAAAUUCUAUGCAUGGGAAGAUGCUUACGAGAAAAAUGUUAAGGCUGUCAGAGCAGUCGAAUCAAAUUUAGUCAAAAAGAUGCAGAUAAUCAGGAAUUGUUUGAUUUCCAUAACAAUUUCAUACCCAAGUUUGGCUUCUAUGGUGACUUUUUUGGCUAUGUACAGAGUGAACAAUGGGGGUAGAUCCCCUGCAAAUAUUUUUUCUUCCUUAUCGUUGUUCCAAGUCAUGAUGAUUCAAAUGUUUUUCAUCCCAAUGUCUAUCAGCACAGGUAUAGAUGCAUUCGUUGGUUUGAAAAGAAUCCAAGCCCUCUUAGAAACAGAGGAAGAAAUGGAUAGUUAUGUUGAAAAUGAAGAAGACUUACUUUUGGAAGAUGACGUAGUUUUGAAAGUUAAGAACGCCUCUUUUGAAUGGGAUAACUUUGAACUCGAAGAAGCUAAAGAUGUGGCUAAGCUGAAAGGGGAAACUCUAUCAAUUUCCGAUAAGGUAUCUACAACAGAAACGGAGAAAGCUUCCUCAGAAAUAGAACAAACUCCAUUUCGGGGCUUCCAUGGUUUGAAUUUUGAUGUAAAAGAAAAUGAAUUCAUAAUUAUUACAGGUCCAAUUGGUACGGGUAAAAGUUCUCUAUUAAAUGCUUUAGCUGGAUUUAUGAGAAGAAGCUCGGGUUCGAUGACCAUAAAGGGUGAUUUACUACUAUGUGGUUAUCCUUGGGUGCAAAAUGCUACAGUGAAAGACAAUAUAUUAUUUGGUUCUCCUUUCGAUAAGCCUAAAUACCAAAAGGUGAUUGAAAUCUGUUCUUUACAGGCGGACUUGGAUAUUCUACCUGCUGGAGACAGAACUGAAAUUGGUGAAAGAGGUAUCACAUUAUCUGGAGGGCAAAAAGCUCGUAUCGCUUUAGCCAGGUCUGUUUACAAGGAUAUGGAUAUUUAUCUAUUUGAUGAUGUAUUAAGUGCUGUCGAUUCACGUGUUUGCAAACAUAUCGUAGACGAAUGUAUGAUGGGUUACUUAAAACAAAAAACAAGAAUACUUGCUACUCAUCAACUAUCACUAAUAGAUAAGGCUUCAAGGGUCAUCUUUUUGGGCUUAGAUGGAAGUUUCGAUAUAGGCACCGUACCUGAACUACUCAAAAGAAAUACAGGUUUUUCAGAUUUAAUGCAGUUUCAGAAUUCUGCACCUGCUGAAGAAUUGGAAGACGAUGAUACCAAAGCUCAAAAUAUGGAAAUUACUGCUAUCUCGUCUCAAACCGAUAUCUCUAAGAAACAGAGUCUGUCUGGACGUGAAGGCGAAACUGGUAGGAUAACCUUAAAAGAGGAACGUGCCAUGAAUGCGCUAAGUUUCAAAGUCUACAAAGAAUAUAUCGCAGCCGGUUGUGGUAAGUAUGCUCCCAUAUUCGUACCCGCCUUCUUAUGUGUUGUUAUUUGUACAACAUUCUGCAGUCUUUUCUCUUCUGUUUGGUUAUCAUUUUGGACCGAGAAUAAAUUCGCUAAUAGAUCUGAAGGCUUCUACAUGGGGUUGUACAUUCUGUUUGUUCUAGGAAGUCUUGCGUUCAUGUUUACUCAGUUCAUCAGUAUCGGUUUACUGGGUACAUAUGCCUCUAAGCAUUUGAACAUCAAGGCUCUACAACGUUUAUUGCAUGCUCCAAUGAGCUUCAUGGAUGUCACUCCAAUUGGUAGAGUUAUGAACAGGUUCACUAAAGAUACGGACACCUUAGACAACGAAAUUACAGAGUCAGUCCGUUUAUUGAUUUUCCAGAUCGCAAAUCUCACUGGUAUUAUCAUUUUGUGUAUCAUCUACAUUCCUUGGUUUGCCAUUGCCAUGCCAUUCUUAGUUUUCCUAUAUGUUUUCGUGGCUGAUCACUAUCAAGCGAGCGGUCGUGAAAUCAAACGUAUGGAUGCUGUUCAGAGAUCUUUUGUUUACAAUAACUUCAACGAAGUUCUCGGAGGUAUGGACACUAUUAAAGCAUACCGUAGCGAGCAACGAUUUUUAAUGAAAUCCGAUUUCUUAAUCAACAAAAUGAAUGAAGCAGGAUACUUGGUUACUAGUAUUCAGAGAUGGGUGGCGAUCAGUCUAGACAUGUUGGCUGUUAUAUUUGCUUUGAUCAUUGCAUUACUUUGUGUUACUCGUCAGUUCCAUGUCAGUGCAGGUUCGGUUGGUGUUAUGGUAACUUACGUCUUGCAGUUGCCAGGUUUGUUGAAUGCACUACUUCGUUCUCAAACUCAAACUGAAAAUGACUUGAACAGUGCAGAGAGAUUAGUAAACUAUGCUUAUGAUUUGCCUAUUGAAGCCAAAUACAGAAUAUUAGAAACCCAGCCACCUGAACAGUGGCCAUCUGAAGGUCGUAUCAAAUUUGAAAACGUUUCCUUGGCUUAUAGACCUGAAUUACCUGUGGCACUAAAAAAUGUAUCUAUAGACAUUGGCUCAAACGAAAAGAUCGGUAUUUGCGGUAGAACUGGUGCAGGUAAGUCUACCAUUAUGAGUGCGCUCUACCGACUAGUGGAAUUAAAGACAGGUAAAAUCACCAUCGAUGACAUUGAUAUCAGCACUCUUGGUUUAUAUGAGCUUAGAAGCAAACUUGCAAUCAUUCCUCAAGAUCCAGUUCUUUUCAAGGGUGAUAUUCGUAGAAAUUUGGAUCCAUUCCAAGAGUGUACGGACGAACAACUUUGGGAUGCAUUGGUACGUGGGGGUGCUAUCGACAGAAAAGACGUAGAUUCCAUCAGAGCGCAGCACAAAGAUGCUAAUGGACUUUCUGGUGAUAUGUUCAAAUUCCAUUUAGAUCAGAUGGUGGAGGAUGAUGGUUCCAACUUCUCCUUAGGCGAACGCCAAUUAUUGGCUUUGACCAGAGCCCUUGUGAGGGGAUCAAAGAUUUUAAUUUUAGAUGAGGCGACGUCAUCUGUGGACUAUGCAACGGAUGCCAAAAUUCAAUCUCGUAUUGUGGAAGAAUUCUCCAACUGUACUAUUUUAUGUAUUGCCCACCGUUUGAAGACUAUCUUGGCUUACAACAGAAUUCUUGUUUUAGAUCAAGGGCAAGUCGUUGAGUUCGACACUCCUAAAAAAUUGUACAAUGACCGUGACUCUAUAUUCAAUGAAAUGUGUCGCGGUGCUGGUAUUGUUCCUGCAGACUUCGAAAACUCAAAGUAA